UGGCACCAUUACUUGUUAUACGUUCUUGAACUAAACUGGCUAGCUCAUUUACCCUAGUUAUGGUAGAUACUCCAGUUAAGCAAGAAGAAGAUGUUAUACAUUUGAAUGGAUUAAAAAAUGAGUCGGAUAUAAAUACCUCAUCUUUGCAAAAACCAAAGAGACCGUCAAAAAAACGUAGCCAUGAAGGUGAACUUGAGUUAUGGAGGCUUCCGCCUGCUUACAAUACAUUGUUCGACGUAUUUAAGAUUAUCAAUACAACCUAUACUUUUCUAUAUUCAAAAAGUUCUUUAACAAUCACGUUUCCCUUGUUAAACUCAAGCAUACGUCAAUCUUUAAGAAGAGAUCUAUCACUUUUGGAACUUUCCCAGCUUAAAACAGUUGUUCCAGAGCUAAUUGAGUUAAAUUACAAGUCACUUGAGAGUUUGAUUAUGGAAACCAACAAAAAUGUCUAUGCGGAUAUGCCAAGACAAACAUAUACUGAUGGCCAACACUCUCAGGAGUCGAAUUACAUUCUGACAGUUUUUUUGAUUCAAACUUCUGAAUCUACAGUGAAACGCCAAAAAAAGGAGGGUCCAACUAUGAAAUCGCGGAUUCAAAAAGGGAAAUUUGACAUAAACGCAUUAAAAAAGGAAAUUGACAAUCGCAAUGCAAUUUUCUCAAAAGGUUUACAAAAGCUUUUAAGGUUUUGUAGUUCUAAAAGGAUAGAUCCGGAAAAGCAUUUGAUUGAAGAAGCUGAAAAAAGGAUACCUACUCCCCCCGAUGCUGUAGCAAACUCUCCGUUAAAGGCAGGUGAGGACCAUGAACUGAAAGCUCCAUCUUCAAUUGAAGAUGUCUUAGUGAACUUGGCUGAGGAAGGUACUUAUGAAGGUCAGAUAGUCCGAGAAAGUCUAUAUCAAUACCCUGCUGUAGAACCACGAUUUGGGAAUUUGAAGCGUAAUCUUUCACAAAGCUUGGUAAAUGCCUUAUAUAGCUCUAAAAAUAUUGAGAGACUAUAUUCUCAUCAAGUAGAUGCAAUUAAUGCUCUCUGGGAAAAUUUGCAUGUCAUCGUUUCAACUGGUACUUCUAGUGGAAAGUCUUUGAUUUAUCAGAUACCUAUUUUGGAUGAAUUGGAAAAAGAUAUAAAAUCUACUUCCUUUUUCGUAUUUCCAACAAAGGCUUUGGCACAAGAUCAGAAACGAUCUUUAAUGGAUGUUUUAAGUUAUAUGCCUUCAUUAGCUCAUAUACGGAUUGAUACAUUUGAUGGUGAUACACCAAUUGAGGCAAGAAAUGGAAUUAUUGAGAAUGCAACUAUUAUUUUUACAAAUCCGGAUAUGUUGCACCAGACAAUACUACCAAACCAUCGUCGAUGGGAUAGAUUUUUCAAAAACUUAAAGCUUUUUGUACUUGAUGAAGCACAUAUUUAUAACGGUAUUUUUGGUGUUCAUGUUGCUAUGAUUAUGAGACGGUUAAGAAGGAUAGUAGAAUACUAUCAUAACGAUCGGUACAGAUUUAUCUCUUGUUCGGCUACAAUUGAACAACCUGUGCGCCAUAUGAAUAUGAUUUUUGGAGUUAAAAAUGUGAAACUCAUAGAUUACACAGCUUCCCCCUCGGGUGCGAAACAUUUCUUAAUGUGGAAUCCACCUUUGGUAGAUAAGAAUAAUGUUAAUUCGGGAAGGAAACCGGCGAUUAUGGAAGCUGCUAAUUUACUUAUUUAUCUUUGUGAGAGGAAAGUUCGUACUAUAGUAUUCUGCCGCAUUCGUAAAGCUUGCGAAUCGCUGAUGAGAUUGGUACGAGGACAACUAAAGGCAUCUCAUAAAGAAUACUUAUUAGAGAAAAUCCAAAGCUAUAGAGCUGGGUAUACAGUUCAAGAGAGGAGAAAAAUAGAAAAAGAAAUGUUUUGUGGUAACCUCUACGGAAUCGUUGCAACGAACGCCCUCGAAUUAGGUAUCGACAUAGGCUCCUUAGAUGCGGCCAUUACCGUUGGUUUUCCAAGCUCAUUAUCUAAUCUUCGACAACAAUUUGGAAGGGCCGGAAGACGUAAUAAAUCUUCAAUGGCCAUAUACGUAGUGGAAACGUUCCCCGUGGAUCAAUAUUACUUGCAACACCCUACCUUAAUUCACACACAUCCUAACGCACAGCUAACAUUGGAUCUCGAUAAUGAAGUUUUGAUGGCAAAUCAUCUGCAAUGUGCCGCCUUUGAGCUGCCAAUAAACACAAUGAGCGACAGUCGAUUUUUUGAGGGUGAGUUAUUUGAAAUUUGCAAAAAUCACUUGGCAGAAAAAGAAAACGACUUGUUUUUACCUCACCCAAAAUUCCUGCCUUUUCCUGCAGCCCAAGUACAAAUUCGCAACAUAAAUGAAGAUAUGUAUACCUUGGUUGAUGUAACCGACGACAAAAACGUUGUUUUAGAGCAACUGGAACCAUUUCGUGUUAUGCUUGGUGCUUAUGAAGGUGCUGUUUAUGUAUAUCAAGGAAAGACAUUCAUAGUGAAAUCGUUGAAUAUAUCAAGAAGGUUAAUUACCUGUCACAGGGUAGACGUAGAAUGGUCUACUCUUCAAAGAGAUUACACUGACGUUGAUCCCCAACGGAAUCUAGGAAGGAAAACCCUGCAGUCAGGUAAUAUUAAUGUUUUUCAAGGAAUCGUCUCAGUGACGUUACAUGUGUUUGGCUAUUUCAAAGUUAAUAAACAGAGAGACAUACUGGACGUUGUUGAUAUCGUGGAUAACCCAGUUGAAAUGAUUAGCCGUGGAUUUUGGAUUGAUGUUCCAUGGCAUAUUGUAGAGAUGUUAUCAUGGAAAAAAAUCAAUGGCGCAGCAAGUAUACAUGCUGCUCAGCAUGCACUUAUGUCUUUAAUGCCAAUAUUUUCUGGAAAUGGCGGAAACGAUAUAAAAACGGAAUGCAAAUCAGGUGAAAAAGAAUUCAAGCAAGAAGCUAGUGAAAGAAGAAGACCAUCACGACUAAUUUUUUACGAUAAUUGUGGUGAAUGCGGUGGAGCAGACUUGUGUAAAAAAGCCUAUACGUACAUUGAUGAAUUGAUGAUUAUGGCGGUAGAUCGUCUGCAAAACUGUGGAUGUAAAAUACGCGAAGGUUGUCCUCAAUGUAUUACAAGCAUCCAAUUUGAAGGAGGAAUUUGCUCUGGAGAAGUAUUAGACAAAUGGGGAGCACUUAUACUUUUAAAAAUGCUAAUCGGUCAGAAUGUUAAUCUUGAUCUUUACCCGGAUGGACCAGAGGUAGACGAAUAUCACGCAUUAAGGACACUUAUACCAACAUAACUAUAUGUAUUAAUUCAAUGAUUCCUACUUCUUGCUGAAAGUUUGCUUUAUAGGAAGCUCAGAGAGUAUGCUCCACAACCCUACCCUAAUGUCAAGGAUGGCAUCUACUCCGUCAGCAUACGUUCCUUUUUUACCAUUUACUAAGUCAGAUAUUCCGUUUAACAAGGUCGCU